UAUGGAAUGCCUCUCAUCCAAUUAUAUUACUCAGUCAGAAGUAAGUAAUUUAUAAUUCAUUUAUAAUUUGUUUGUCAUGCUAACUAGCUUCUAACAACAAAUGUGUGUGUCUAUAGUAGGAGUGAAUACCUGAUCUACUGCUACCUGAUGGCUUUUCUUUUGCUUCUGGUGAUACUGGUUAUCAUCAUCUGCAUACUGAUAAAGAAACGCAAAGCAAAGAAUCAAAUCAGGACCAGAGAGAGGAACAAUGACACCACUGUUCACACACCCACUUUCUCAGAUGAUGACUCUGUUAUGUACAGCACUGUCUCUAAGCCAAAGUCUUCAAAAAAAACUAAAGCAUCAAAAGUGAAUGAGGAGGACGUGACCUACAGCUCUGUACAUAUUGCUUCCAAGAAGAAAUCUGUGUCUCCAAAUGAAGUUGAUGAUAAGACCAUCUACAGCUCUGUGGUUUGCUAGAGAACGAGACUGAAGUCCUGUUUGGCUAAAAGGAAACUGUGGCUGGCCUCAGCAUUAUGAGCAAACCUGAUCAGGACAAAGACAACAUGCCUUACACUCAUACCACAGACUUACAUCAUAUUUACAUGAGCUAACUUAACUCAAUUUCUUCUACACCAGCUGUCAUUUUUUUCCCUCCACACAGUGUACACCAGUCCAGCUCCUAAAUACAACAUGUGCAUAUAACAAUGCAGUGAGAAAAAUACACUGCACUGUAAACCCGAAUAAGUUGGCAAAACAA